AUGGCUUACUUUGAAUUUCUCCGAGGAUUAAGGCAUAAUGGUUUUAAGUUUGACUUGGUAAGAAAAAAGAUUCGAACAUACGCAGGUGUUCUGCGGGAAGCCGAAGCUUAUAUUGAGGCAACCGAUUUUUGUUCUCUUACAAAAGUAGAGGCACCGGCCAAGGGAGCUGAGAAGAAACAAUCUACUCAGCAAGACUUGGCUGGAAAAAAGAAAGAUGGAAACAAAAGGAAAGAAAUUAAAGACAAAUUUGAAUUUGAAAAUCUUCAGCCGCUAAGAGGCCCGGCUCAGUAUGGGAACAAAAACAAGUACUGUCAUUAUUACCACAAGGACGUAGGACAUGACACAAACGAUUACAUCAAUUUGAAGAGAUUGUUCGACAAGCUAGCCGAGAAGGGCAUGCUGAACUCCUAUGUGAUGAAUUCCAAGUUCACAUACACACGGACAGACAACACGUCUGAGAAUAAGAAGAAAAAUGAUAAAGAUGAUGGGAAUAGUACCAAUUCGGGCUUUAUGGCCGUGAUAUCGGGGGGAUUUGCCUCAGGUGGCCCCACCAUGAAGGGAAUUAAGCAGAACGCCUGGAAUUUGGGAUGUGAUGCAGGCGGACGCUCCAAAUUAAAGGUGAGCCGAAUACUAAUAGAUACGGGCAGCUCAUACGAUAUCAUCAGUCUGGCCGCCCUAAAGAAUUUAAAGUUCCCAGAAGAUGCUCUGAAGGACAUCACUCAUUCCUUGGUAGGAUUUGAGGGAAACAUCAUUCACCCAGUCGGACAGAUAAAUCUGCCAGUCCGAUUUGGGCAGAAAGGAGAAGGGAGGGACAUGGUCAUUCGAUUCCUGGUGGUAAAAGAGUUGACUGGUUACAAUGUCAUACUCGGCCGCCCCACCUUAAAUGUUGCAAAGGCUAUGAUCGUUCCCCAUUUAAUGUUGUUAAAAAUUGAACGUUCAGACGGAAAGAUUGGUUCGAUUAAAGAACGUCAGAAAAUGGCAAAAGAGUGCAACCAGAUAGCUGUUAAGCCAACAAUUCGCGGACAUGGAAAGUCGUCCGAGUUGAAAGGGGAAGAACCCCCACUCCAAGCAUACCAGGUCAUCCAAAAGCAAAAAUAG